AUGAAAGUUGCUGCCUGGAACUGUAGGGGUCUUGGACAAGCGGACUCCCCUAAAUUUCCGUAUCUAAGCUCUUUAGUCCGCUCCCAUCACUUGGAUGUGGUGUUUUUGAUGGAAACAAUGGUUUCUGUGGAUAAUGUUGUGCUCAGUUUAGCAUCUAUUCCUUUUUUGGGUUGUUGUGGUGUAGAUGCUGUAGGAUUAAGUGGUGGUUUGUUCAUUUUUUGGCUUGCUCCUUUUAGUGUAGUUCCAGUGUUUAUAUCUCCAAACUUUGUAGUUUGUAAAAUAGAGGUUGGUGAUGUGAUAAAAUUUGUGAUCUUUGUGUACGGGGCACCUCAUGUAGCAGAUAGAUCAGAUGUGUGGUCGUCUAUUGCUAGAUUUGUCCAAACUUACCCGAACAUUUUGUUGAUUGGUGAUUUUAACCAAGUCGGGUAUCUAUCGGAUAAAAUAGGAGGGUCUUCACUUAUUCCAGGACGUUUGGAUUUUAUUCAAUGGCGGUUGAAUUUAGGGUUAGUGAAUGUUCCUUUUUCUGGACCUUCUUAUACUUGGACAAACAAUAGAAUAGAGGUGGACCCGACUUUUGAAAGAUUAGAUAAGGCAUAUGCAACUCAGGAUUGGUUUAUUGAUUAUCCGGACUCCAUUGUUCAUCAUCAACCGAUUCUAUUUUCGGAUCACACAGCUAUUAUCUUUUCAGACUCGUUACCUCAAGAUUCUGUUCGGCGACCUUAUAGAAUCGAAAACUGGUGCUUAUCUGCUCAGGAUACUUCUAGGAUUAUUAAGGACGGCUGUCGUUUAGAAUUUACAGGCUCUCCGUGUUUUACCUUAUCUCGCAGGCUUGUUGUUAUUCGCAGGCGACUUAAAGACUGGUGCCUUAGCCACAGGAAAUCUUGGGGUAUAAACUGGAAAGCUUUAUGUUCUGAUUUGUCUUCUUCUUCUACUCAAUUACAAUCCCCAGUGGCGCGAGAUGCUGGAGGGGAGUCACACUCCAAAUUACUGUUUUCGGUGGUCCAAGCUCGUCGUCGUCGUAAUCUGAUUGUCAGUUUGAAGAAUGAUGCUGGUAUUUGGGUUUCGGAUUCUCUUGGGCUUCGCUCUCUUAUUCAGGCCUUUUACUCUGAUCUAUAUUCUCAUGUAUCUCCAUUUGGGAGUGACCCUCCUUUUUCUUGGGAUCACCUUGGCCUCCCGACGCUAUCCUCGUCUCAAAAGGACAUGUUAAUGGCCCCGUUCUCGCCUUCUGAGAUUAAAGCUGCAAUGUUUCAUAUUGCUAACGACAAAUCUCCUGGGCCUGAUGGCUUUACUUCGGCUUUUUUCAAUACUCAUUGGGAUCAUACUGGGCAUUUGGUUAUCUCGGCAGUUCAAUACUUUUUUGCUCAUGCAAAAUGCAUUACUGGCCGUCUGCGAGGGGUUCUUCCAUCUCUUAUUUCAGGGUUCCAGAAUGCCUUUGUGCCGGGUCGCCUAAUUUCUGAUAAUGCUUUGGUAGCUCACGAGCUUCUAUCCUUUAUGAAUGCUUCUAAAGCUCGGAAACCUUUUUAUGCGGCUCUAAAGUUGGAUAUGAAUAAAGCUUAUGAUAGAGUUCGCUGGGAUUUUUUAAGUCAGUGUGUUACAACUGUCUCGUACCAGGUUCUUGUGAAUGGGAGUCUUACACCGUCCUUUCGACCACAAUGUGGUCUUAGACAAGGUGAUCCUCUGUCACCAUAUCUAUUUGUUUUGUGUAUGGAGGUGUUGUCGACCUCUCUUAGGCGGGCGGAAGAACAGGCUUUGUUUUCUGGUAUUCGUGUGUCUAGGGGCGGACCUUCGAUUUCCCAUCUGUUCUUUGCAGAUGAUUCGCUGUUAUUUUUCCAACUUUCGCCCCAAGCGUGUGACAAUGUCAUGGCCAUUAUUUCGGAUUUUUGCUCUACUUCGGGUCAGAUGAUUAAUCUUCAGAAGUCCUUUGUCAAGUUCAGCCCAAAUACCCCUCAAGACUACCGUGAUUUUUUAGCUCGCAGUCUUCGACUACAAUCGAAGGCUUCUUUUGGUACUCAUCUAGGUCUUCCUGUUGACCUUGGAAGGAUUAAAGUCGCGGAAUUCAGGUUUCUAAUUGACAAGGUUGCUAGCCGGUUGUCUGCUUUUGCUUCUCUUCGCUUGUUAGCAGCAGCGAAACUGGCUAUCAUAAAUUCGGUUUUGAUAGCAUCGUUUAAUCAUAUCUUGUCGGUUUUCAAGAUUCCGUCUUCUGUAGCUUCUCAACUUGAUAGCAUGCUUGCCAACUUUUGGUGGAGAUCGUCUGGUUCUCGGAAGGGUUUGGCGUUGCGCUCAGUGUCUCUUCUUCAUUUACCAAAAGGUUUGGGGGGUUUGGGUGUGCGCAACAUUGCUUGCUUUAAUUCAGCUAUCCUUGCUGGUACAGGGUGGAGGAUGAUUCGAAAUCCUCAACUUUUGGUUUCUAGACUCAUGUUUUUGAAGUACCCCUCUCUGCCAGUCAAUCUGGGAGCUCGGAUUUCUCGCCCCUCUUGGGGCUGUCGUGGGUUGCAGAUGGCUCUUUCGGCUGUUUCUUCUGGUGUACGUUGGAAAGUGGGUAGAGGUGACAAGUCGGAUCUUCUGACUCAUGUGUCUGGUAUAAUUGAUCCGCGUUCUAACGCGUGGGACUCCUCGAGAGUCCAUCGGUUUUUUGAUAGUCCAACUGCCGUCAGGAUCCUUAGUUUGGAUCGUCCGCAGGAGCUUAUGGAUGAUUUUGUAUAUUGGAAAUUUACCAAGGAUGGCUCCUUUUCUACGAAGUCUGCCUAUGCUCUCUUACUUCAUCAGACUAUCAGGUGUCCUCCUUUGGGGUCCUUGCCUAUUCCCUGGUGGAAGAAAUUUUGGGCGCUCCCCCUUCUUCCUAAAUGGAAGAUCUUUGGCUGGAAAAUAAUUCAUGCUGGUAUUCCGGUUGCCUCAGCUCUAGCUGUUCGCGGCGUUUCCGUGGAUUCGACUUGCUGCUUUUGUCGAAGGGAGCAGGAGACGAUCAACCAUUUGUUUCGAGACUGUGAUUUCGUUACUCCUUUAUGGGUUCGCAGCUCGUUUCAUUUCAAUAGUCAGGGUCUUCUUCAUCUUCCCUUUCUCCAAUGGUUUUCUGUUAUGGUCUCGUUGUUAGCGGCUGCUAAGGAUUGGGAGAACUUGGUGCAAUUUUUCUCCCUUCUUUGGUCUAUAUGGUUGUCCCGUAAUAAUGUACGUUUUCGGCAACAAGCUGUCUCUCCGGAUGAUGUUUUGCUUCUUGCUUCUCAGUGGAAUGUGCGAGGGAGGCAGGCUCAGGAUUCUCACCUUCCUUCUUCUACUUUGGGUCCUAGCCCUAGGCCUGUUGGUUCGGGAUUUGCUGCCACUCUUGCUGGGGACCCUACGUCGGGGUUUAAUAUUUGUUUGAUUUGCGACGGGUCUUGGUCAUCCUCGGAUAAUUCGGCAGGUGCUGGUUGGGUUCUUCGUGAUUGUGGUUCUCCUUCAGUCCGAGGAGGAGGGGCUCGUGCUUCUCUCUCUUCUUCAGCCUUACAGUCUGAGUUACAAGCUUGUUUUUGGGGGUUACGCAAUGCUUUUUCUCGUGGUUUUCGUAGGAUUCUUAUUUACUCGGACUGUGAGCCUCUGUGUCGGAUGUUAGGCCAACAACAGAAAGAUGAGGUUUCUUUAUACUGGUUACUUCGGGAUACUCGGGUUCUUUUGUCUACCUGUGCGGCUUGUAAAAUUCUUAAGGUUCCUAGGGAAUGGGUGUCUCCUGUACACUGGUUGGCUGGAAAGGCUCGUGCUCGGGAGUGUUUUUUUGCCAUCAAAGGUCCAACACUUUUGAGUUAUUUUGUCAACAUCAUCCAUAUUUCUUAA